AUGUCAAAGGGGGCUCAGAAAUCUACAUUGAAGGCACCUACUGAGACACAAUCCUUCGAACGCACCAAUGAAACGGUCAACAUCCCUGCGCCUAGGUUGAUCGAGAUUAUGCAGAAACAUGACAAGCUACUGCCAGCGAAUACCGCGAAAGCCAUCAUCCGCGAUUUCGAACAUGGGGACGAUAAGCACAUCAAUGUGGUUUGCUUUGACAAGGAUGGCAAAUUCAUCGAAACAGUGCACAUCCCGCUAGAAACUGACGUUCAAUUGAAAACGGUCGCAGGUCGGCAUGAACAACAAAGAUUUCAAGGCUGCAUUGAUUAA